AUGCCAGGAACCAUCCGAGUUUCAGUUCUGGAAUUCGAUGGUCUUUCAUCUUCAUCACCCCCUUCUUCACUAUCCAUAAAGGUUUCUAUGGGGAAAAGAGAGUAUCAAACUUGGGACAAGGGGGACUUCUCUUUCCCAUUGACUACCCUCCGUGACAAUCUAAUUGUUACACUUCAGGAUGCUGAGGGAAAUGAUAUAUCUCAUACAGGUGUUCAGACCAUGUCAGUAGUCCAAAAGGGAAUGUGGGAUGAUAUAUUCCUGCUUGAAGGAGGGGGGCAUGUUCAUAUGAAGUUACAGUUCAUUCUCAGUGAAGAAGAGCGCAACCGCGUUCGUGUUAUGAGAGAAUCUGCAAUGAAGAAGAAACAAGGCAAGACUCUCAAUACAAAUCUUAAAUCUUCUGAAACGAGUACCUCAGUUGGUGGUUCUGUUGCAUCGUCUUUGAGUAUCAACCAGGAUAUCUCAGAUUCACAAACAAGCGUUGUUCCUGCUGAAGCGGUGAACAUUGGAGAUGUGACUAUGCAAGCUGGUCCAUUAUCACAACUUGAUAAUCAAACAACCCCAAGUGCUGCUGAUAGAAGUGAAGUGACUUUAUAUGCUCCUGUGCUACAAGAAGUUGAAGAAAACCUAACUGAAUUUCAUCAGAGGGCAUUAGUUGAAAAGCUUGAGACUCACUUACCACAUGCUGAUCUUUCCACAAUUCCCCUAUUUGGACAAGGAGCUUCAACCAUGUUGGAGUGCUCUGAGUCAGAUGUUGCUGCAAGCACUAAACCAGUUUCCCCCAAGCUGGAUGAUGAUCUGGCCAAUAAAACUGAGAAGCAGGGUCCACUAGAGAAAACUCCGAGCAAUGUAAGGAAAAUGAUAAGUGCAUUUGAAAGUAGUGUAUCUCAGGUAUUUAUUAUGUUAUAUGCUUGA